AUGAAGGCUGCUGCAACUCGACGGCUUCUGCUCGUGCUCAUGGCCUUCAGCCUGGUGCAUCCUGUCACCUGCACCACCACUCCUGGUCAUGAGAACCAAACAGAUCAACUGUCGUUGCUUGAAUUCAAGAAGGCGAUCAGUUUGGAUCCACAGCAAGCAUUGGCAUCUUGGAAUGACAGCAAUCACUUCUGCAACUGGCAAGGUGUCACAUGCAGGACGAGGAGCAAUCGUGUCACUAAUCUUGACCUUGGAAAUAGAGGUUUAGUCGGCCAAAUAUCUCCUUCCCUCGGGAACCUGACAUUCCUGAAACACCUGUCCCUGGUGACAAACAGAUUCAGUGGACAAAUCCCAGCAUCCCUUGGCCAGUUGCAUCGCCUCCAAACCCUCUACUUGAGUAACAACACGUUACAUGGAGUUAUACCAACUUUUGGAAACUGCUCUCGUCUGCAGAAACUAUGGCUCAACGGGAACAAUCUCGUUGGAGGAUUUCCUGCUCUGCCACUUGGACUCAAACAGCUGGAGAUUCGAUCUAACAAUCUUUCUGGAACCAUUCCUUCUUCUCUUGCCAAUAUUACAACACUACAAGUGCUUGACGUAAGUUUCAAUAAGAUUGCCGGAAACAUCCCAGAUGAGUUUGCCAAGUUACCGGAGCUACAGUAUCUGCUCGCUGAUAGCAACCAUUUGGCAGUGAAUCAUUUUAGCAGCGAGGUGCCACCUGGCCUUGGUACCUUUCUUCCCAACCUCCAAUUCCUUGCAAUAGCCUCCAAUUUUUUUCAUGGAUACAUCCCUUCCUCAUUGGCCAAUGCAUCUGAUCUGCGCUUCAUUGAGAUAGCAGACAACAGUUUCACGGGGGUGGUGCCUAGAUACAUUGGCAAACAUCACAAACUCUACUGGCUGAAUCUUGGGUAUAAUAAACUUGAAGCUCAUAACAAGCAAGACUGGGAGUUUGUUUACAGCUUAGGCAACUGUAGUAAGCUGCGGCUUUUGUCUGUAGAGUCGAAUCAGCUACAAGGAAAUGUACCAACUUCAUUAGGUAACCUUUCUGUUGAACUGCAGACAUUGUUUCUGGGGUAUAAUCAACUAUCAGGUGGUUUUCCUUCUGGCAUCGCAAACCUUCACAACCUGAUGGGGCUAGAACUAGAUGGGAAUCAACUUACAGGCCAGAUUCCAGAAUGGCUUGGAGCUCUAAAAAGUUUGCAAGCGAUGAGUUUAGCUAACAACAGUUUCUCAGGGUUUAUCCCAUCAUCCCUUUCGAACUUGUCUCAGUUAUCAGAACUUUUUCUUCAAUCCAACAAAUUCGAAGGGCAUUUACCUGCAAGCAUAGGAAAUCUUCAGAAUCUUUGGAAGUGCAGCUUUUCAAAUAAUCUUCUUCAUGGCGGUGUUCCCAAAGAGAUGUUUGGAAUUCCAACAAUCUUUUAUAUUGAUUUAUCUGUAAACCACCUGCAUGGGCAACUUCCUUAUGAAGUAGGCAAUGCCAAGGCACUCACAUAUUUUGAUCUUUCGUCAAAUAUGCUGUUUCGAGACAUUCCGACCACUAUAGAUCUGUCAUUCAACAACAUCAGUGGUGAGGUCCCAAUGAAAGGGAUAUUCAGCAAUGUGACUGCUGUGAGGAUUGAUGGAAAUCAAGGGCUUUGUGGUGGGCCAUUGGAAUUACACCUACUCGCAUGCCAUGUCACGCCUAUUAAUUCAAGUAAGCAGAGGCGACAUUCCAUUGUACAAAAAGUGGUGAUCCCCUUAUCCAGCAUUUUGUUAGUUGCUAUAGUCAUAACUGUAAUGCUUGUCUGGAGAGGAAAACAAAAAAGAAACCUAUUAUCUUUGCCAUCAUUCGGUAGCAAAUUUCCCAAAGUUUCUUACAACGAUCUCGCCAGAGCAACAUGUGGGUUCUCAGCAUCCAAUUUGAUUGGCAAAGGAAGAUAUUCUUCCGUGUAUAAAGGAGAACUCUUCCAAGGUAGAACCUUGGUUGCUAUCAAAGUUUUCCGUCUAGAGACAAGGGGAGCACAACAGAGCUUCAUUGCAGAAUGCAACGCUCUACGUAAGGUGCGGCACAGAAAUCUAGUUCCUAUAGUAACUGCAUGCUCCAGUAUUGAUUCCAGUGGAAAUGAUUUCAAAGCCUUAGUCUAUGAGUUCAUGGCACAAGGUGACUUGCAUGCGCUACUGUACUCAACUAAAUGUGAUGGCAACACCUCAACUCAAAUCAACGUCACAAUGGCUCAAAGGUUAAGUAUUGCAGUGGAUGUUGCAGAUGCAUUGGAGUACCUCCACCAUGGCAACCAAGGAACUUUCGUCCAUUGUGAUCUAAAGCCUAGCAACAUUCUUUUGGAUGACAAUAUGACAGCACAUGUUGGAGACUUUGGUCUUGCCAGGUUCAAAUUUGACUCAGCAGCAUCAUCGUGCACUCACUCGAUCUCGACUUCAGGUGCUAUUAUGGGAACAAUAGGAUAUAUUGCUCCAGAGUGUGCUACAGGUGGAGCAGUGUCGAGUGCUGGAGAUGUUUACAGCUUCGGGAUUGUUCUACUUGAAAUAUUUUUGCGGAGGAGGCCAACUGACGAUAUGUUCAAUGGUGGGAUGAACAUUACAAAAUUUGUUGAGAUGAACUUUCCUGACAUGAUAGCACAGAUUAUUGACCCUCAACUACUAGAAGAGCAACAAGAUUUAUCUCAAGAAACUUCAUUUGCCAUGAAGAAGAAAAGCUUAGAGUGUUUGCUUUCAGUUCUAAACAUUGGGCUUCUCUGCACUAAGGCAUCCCCAAAUGAGCGCAUCUGCAUGCAGGAAGUGGCUGCAAGGUUGCACGAAAUCAAGAAGGCAUUUCCAAGAGAAAACUAA